UUCUAUGUGCUGAUUCAGAACAUGAUAGAUGAUAUCAAUGGAGAAAAAAAUGACGCGCUAACAGCCUACCUAGAUCGAGCGACGCGAUCCGGUCUUCUGUAUUCGAAGAUUAUGACCAUCGGUUGCAUACUUGGCGGUAUACUGUACUGCUCCUUCGGGUUCAUACUCUCAAAUAAAGAUGGCAGCCGUCGAAUGAUUUAUGAUACGUGGGCGCCAUUUGAUCAGCAACAAACGCCAUUUUUUGAGCUGACCUGCGCGUUUCAUAUUUUUGUAACCGGGGUUUGCUUAUUUUUUCAUUUGGCGACUAAUAACCUCUGCAUCCAGACCCUGAUGUUUAGUGUGUCCCUGUUUAACGUUCUUAUCGAGCGACUUUCGAUGAUUUUCGAGAACGUGGAGAGGCUGUACGAGGUUCGACAGUCGUCUUCGGCUGGUAAAAUCAGACAAAGGCAGUUGGAAGCGGACAUAGACAACGGACUGCGUAAUUUAAUUUCUAGCCAUAUUGACGUAAUGAUUUUUCUAAAUCGAGCAGCAGAGAAUUUAUCCUACGUGCUUGGAACCGAUUUUGUUUGUUUUACAAUUAUCCUUUGCACACAAAUGUUCACCGCCUCGCUAUUGGACAGCUUCAGCCAACAAAUGUCGAUAGCAAGUUUGUCUGGAUUUUCUCUUACCUCGACAUUCCUGUGGAAUUAUCACGCGGAACUAAUUCGCUCCAAGAACGAGAGCUUCUGUUGUCGGUUAUAUGACGUUCGUUGGGAGUUAGCUGAUCGGAAGAUACAGAAGGCAAUUCAAAUGAUGAUUGCACGCAGUCAGCAACCGCUCGGGCUCAGUAUCUUGCUUAUUUUGCCGAUCGGAAUGGACCGCGUGGUCCAAAUGAUGAGCACCGCGUAUACAUAUUUCACGUUGCUGAGGACAGUGUAUGACUAGCUUCGUUUGUUAGCUUUGGAUUUUUUAAGGUUCAUUAGCUGCAGUUCAUACUAACAAAAAAUGAAACGGUGUCUUUGAUGACGAUUGAUAUUUUUAACAGUUCAAUACU